AUGUCGCAAGGCACAAUGGACACCGAACCUAACGCCGUUCCGACCGAGCCUCUAUUCCGCCCAGCAAAGAAGCGCAAGUUCUUGCGGCGACGCCCUGAUGAUGAGACCGAAAACACCGAUAACCAAAAUGCCGAUUCCGACACGCCACAAGCUUCGGGAAGCAAUAAUCCACGGCGCCCACGCCCAGUUCGAAAGGGCGGCAUAGGAUUCACUACGACAUCGCGUUUAGGAGAUACUCAAGGGCAGCAAGUGGCGCUAGUACCAGCAGGCGGAGACCCUGAUGAUGAGAAAAUACGAGCCAUGAAUGAACGCUUCACAGGGUAUACCGGUCAAUCAGUGGAUGUUGACAGGCACAUGUACGAACCUUUUCCUGCUGCUGAUCGUCCGGCAGAUAUUUCAAAUUCCAACAACCCCACCCAAGAGGAAGCUGCUGCUGGAGCAGGCUUACCUGGACAUCAAAAACGAGAGCCUGCCACACUAGGCAAACUUCAUGAGAUCGACCUCGGUCAUGAGGCAACGCUGCGAAAUAUUGCGCGCACGGAAGCUGCGACUCGAAAAAUGGCGGAGAAGGGAGACUUACCGACGUCCGCACCCGAUGCUACCUCGGAGGCAGGUGGCAAGUCAUGGCGGAAUCGCAAACAGAGGACACAGGCAGAUAUCGACAGAGAUCGCCUUGUGGAAGAGGUACUGCGGGAGAGUAAAUUGGAUAUCUAUGACGAACAGGAUGAAGAAGCACAGCUCGAUGACCAGCAAGCUGCUGAUGACCGGGUUGCAGAGCAAUUUCGGCGAGACUUCAUGGACGCGAUGCAGUCUCGGCGUCGGAUCCGGCCCGCAGCUAAGCCAGCGACUGCUGCUGAGGGGCCGCGGGGACCGAAGCUGGGUGGUAGUCGCAGUGCAAGGGCUGCAAUGCGGGAAAGGGAAACACAAGCAGCGAAGAAAUGA